GACUAUCGCUCACCAAUCAUUGUAGCCUUUAAUUAAGGCCCCCAUUUUCCAAGCGCCUGGGCUCAGCCGUGUUCGAUUAUUAUUCUGGCUCCUCUCUCUAAGUUAAGGUACUACAUAUAGAUAGCGCCGUAUCUCUUGGCCCAGGGUCCUUUGCGACUGACAGAUCACGGCCCGUCUUUUUCUUUUUCAACCCCCGGUUUCCUUCACCUGCAACCUAGUUCCUUAUUUCCCUGUUAUUUCUGGAAAUAGCCGUGCUACUCAUCAUCUCUGCCCUUCUUGUAUUACUCAUGGAGGCUUUGCUGGCACACUCGUUCGACUACCUUUCCUCUUACGAACCAAGCAAAGUUCGCAAAGGGCUGCGGCAGGUCGAAGGGCUCCUCGCACAGAUCUGUUUAUCCAAGACGAAACGCCCGGCGUCUGACAAACGCCGUUCUCUUUUGUCGUUUGGGGCUCCGCAACCGGUGCCCAAGUCUUUGGCCGAGCUUCGAGAUGAUCCGGCCUUCAGGGAAUUUUUCAAACUUCAGGAAGGGUUUCAAUGGAAUGUCGCAAUGCGCUUGGUGACAUGUCUCGAACACCUGCUUGGGCGGGGGAGCAAUGGCACCAAUGACCUUCUCAUCGUCUCCACACUCGAUCUGAUACAGGGCGUGCUCCUCCUCCACCCUCCAUCGCGCACACUGUUCGCGCGCGAAAUUUACAUGAACCUACUGCUGGACCUCCUCGAUCCAAUCAACUGCCCCGCCAUUCAGUCUGCGACCCUUCUCACCUUGGUCACGGCUCUAUUGGACCACCCCGCCAACACGCGCACUUUCGAGGAACUUGACGGACUGCUUACGGUGACCUCGCUUUUCAAGCAACGAGCAACAUCUCGUGAAGUCAAGCUCAAACUCGUCGAAUUUCUGUACUUCUACCUGAUGCCGGAAACACCGAUGAUCCCCACUAGCGCAGCGAGCGCGCCCAAUACGGCAGUCCUUGGACAUCAACGGAGUCCAAGUAAACUUGGUGUUUCCCCGGUCUCCCGGAGUGUUAAUGUCCCCGGUGCCCACAGCGGCGGAAAGGCGCAUCGGGAUACACGUACGACUGACGAGAAGCAAGCAUUAUUGGGCCGGUACUUGAACAAUGUGGAGGAUCUGGUCGAGGAUUUGAAAGAAACAGCGCCCUUUGGAGCAACAGUCUAUUAGCGGUGUUACGAGCGUCAUUGGGUUCUGAAUUCCUUUGUUUAUGUUGAGCGUGCAUGGAUAACGGUAUCAUGGCUGGGGUUCUUUUUCUUUAAUGGUUUUCUUUUUCUCUUGAUAUCCUCAAUCUUCUAUUUCCUUUGUUCCUUUGUUCCUCUAUUUCCUUUGUGUCUUGUUUUCUCUUCAGCCUUUCCCGUCUGGUACGGUCUAUGCAUCCGGCACAACAGCCUCUAUCCUGUUUCUUCCCUCACUUUUUGUCAAUGCCUUUCCUAUAUGACUCAUGCAUCCGCCUGAUGUCUCAUGUGUC